AUGUUUGAAGAUGGGAGCUUUCUGCGUCGAAGAAAACGCUAUAAAAGAGCUAUGCCAAGAGAACCACAUCUACCACCGCCAAGACAUUCCUCUCAAGAAGAAUUAGACCACUCUCAUAACUCAGGACAAUCGACGAGAGGUGUGUUUUCCAUUGAUCGUAUCAUGCGAAGUCCAGAAAAGGGAAAGUUUACACAAGCAAGUAUUUUAAUUGAACAAAGUCAACACGUCCUCACAAAUGGGAUCAGCAGGUCUUCAUUGGCUCUAGACACUUUCCCUGUCCAAAAUACAGCUAUAGUCACGCCACUGGACUCAAGUGAGGGUUUGCUGACCACACUGCCAGCAGCUUCAUUUUUAAGAAUGAAGACUCUUAAAUGUGAUGUAACAUCUACCUUGGAGUGA